CUGAGAUGUCAUCAGACAGGCUGAUAUUUGGCACUCUUUACCCUGCAUAUUAUUCUUACAAAGCCGUGAAGUCAAAGGACAUCAAAGAAUAUGUCAAAUGGAUGAUGUACUGGAUCAUAUUUGCACUCUUCACGACAGCAGAGACAUUCACGGAUAUCUUUCUUUGCUGGUUUCCAUUCUACUAUGAACUCAAAAUAGCCUUUGUAGCUUGGCUGCUCUCUCCCUACACAAAAGGUUCCAGCCUCCUGUACAGAAAAUUUGUUCACCCAACACUGUCUUCAAAAGAAAAGGAGAUUGAUGACUGCCUCGUCCAGGCGAAAGAUCGGAGCUAUGAUGCCCUUGUGCACUUCGGGAAGCGGGGGCUGAACGUCGCAGCCACAGCAGCCGUCAUGGCAGCUUCCAAGGGACAAGGGGCUCUGUCUGAGAGACUAAGGAGCUUUAGCAUGCAGGAUCUCUCAACGAUUCGUGGAGACAGCAGCAGCACCGUUCCUCCUUCCGUCACUGUACGAACAAGUAGCAAACAGAGCCAGCCAAAAACAUCCAGAAGUGCAUCGGAAGGCACUGGCAGCUCAGGCACCGCCUAGGACCCUUAGACCUCGCUUCAGGAAGAAAAGUACCUCGUCCUCUGCCACUGAAACAAUGUGAGUGCAACGAGCCAAUAGCACCAAGAUCCACAGAAUGUCUCUCUUCUGCCUUAAAGAGCUACGUGUUAAUAAUAUAGAAAACAGCAGUGGGAUGGAUGUGCUUUGAUGUACAGCAUUGUAGACAUGGCCUUUCUCUCUCCUCUCUCUGUAUCCUUCUGUUAAACGCUUCUACAUGCAUUUGUCCACAACGUGGUUAGGACAAUCUGAGAGACCCCUGCAGAGUACGAGUCCUUGUUUCAUUCGCAGAAUAUACACCCACUCACACUCCUCCUGUAAGGCUGUACAUUUAUAAUUCUUAUUUGUGUCUGCAUAGCUCUAGCUCUGUGAGUGCACAGUGAAAAGAAAACUAAUCAAUCAAUUGCUCAUGAUGAUACAUUGACAGUGUGUUUACUUAUGGCUUUAUCAUUAAUGAAGUGGAUUUGCAGAAACCAUGUAUUUCUCUUCCCUUCCUUCCUCCUCAAGACUGUGAAUGAUAUAACGAAUGUUGAAUUAUUUUGGCUGUACAAAAUGUCUGCGAUUCAUCAGCAAAAGCUGAGCUGCAGCUCCAUUUCUCUUUCUGCAAAUCAAUCAAUCACAUGUAUUCUGAGAAAGUCCUUGUGCUAAAAAUGUAGAGACAGAACCACUCAGAGAGGAUGAGGAAGAGAUGCACAAGAGAAAAUUAAUGGUUUCAACGAUGUAAUGAAGGGGGGGUCUUAAUUUUGAUCAGCCUGAGCCAAGAGAGUAUUGUGUGGAAAAUGACGGAGGCUGGAAGAACUAGAUUGUAUUGCCUGUCGCAAACGUUCCACUGCCAGUUUUAACGUGUGAGCAAGCCAGCCUCAGUACAGCUGCAGCAACAGAAUUUAGAAUGACUUUAGUGACUUAUUUCCCGGGGAAAAAGUGCACCUACUUUUCUCCCCGGCAUGUAACAAUGUCAGCUCCAGUGUUCUGCUUUCCUGGUGCGGUGCUGGAAUUUUCCUUACACGAGCAGAGCGGGGCACCGGGUAUGAGCUUCCUUUUGAGGCCUGGAGUUUGGCCUGUAGCAUGGCGUCUGGUUAGAAUCACAAGAACCAGAGUGAAUGGCGUACUUGUAUCCGUAUAGAAAUGAGAAAUGUAAAAGAAGAGGAAGACGUUGUAGGCUUUGUGUAUUUGUGCUUCAAGUUGGUGUCUGUUGUAAGUGUUAAGCAUGUGAAAUCCACACAUAAGUUAAUUACGUGGCUCUUUGUGUUUGCUCUCGGACCUAUCUCAUAGACUAGACAAACAUUUAGCUUUAUGUAGAAGUGCCAUCACUAAUGGAUCAAUACUCAGACUUGAUUAGGAACAGUACUGUUAAUCUCGUGCAGGUGCAGCAGUCCAGGAUGCCAGUAGCCGGUUGGAGUGUAUCAGGCUCAGAAAUAAAUCUGAAGUGGCCUUUAAAAACUUUUCUCUGCUGGAUAUGCAUCCAUGUCCCAGCUGUCCCUUUCCAAUGCAUCCUUGAGGUUUUCCCCAGAGCUCCCUAAGUAUACGAAAUAAACUAUGCGCACACACAAAUGUUUAUCCGACCUGGCUAGGAAGUGGAAAAACCAAGCAGGUAUUUCCUGUGUCUGACACAAUAUUUGGCCCCAUUACCUGAGAAUUUUAUUUCUUUUACAUGUGUUAACUCAACCAUGGAUAAGGAUAAGAAAUGGAUAAGAAGGAAAAAGUUUUCAGAAGGUAAACUAAAACCAAAAUCUGUCUAAGUAGCAGUUAUGAAAGUCAGUCCUUAGAAGAUACACAGCAAAAGCUUUGAGGAGCUAACCUUGGGUGUUUUAUUUUUAAGCAGCUUUAGAGUUAUUUGAUUUCUUUUGGUGAACAUUAAAAAGAAAAACUGCUUGCAGCAUUAGCAGAAAAUAAAAUCCUGUUGCAAGCAAGCUACGUGUCCCUGCUAUGCAAUAGGCUGCCGCAAGAUAAGAAAGAAGCUGACAAGUUUGCACUCAAUUAUGCCAAAAAAAUAAAAUCAUAGAGCUACGUAACAACGGACAGAUUCUAUUCUCAGACACGCUGUAUUAACCCUGAUUCUCACUAAAAUUAUUAAAUGUGUCUAAUCUGCUGUUUUACUGUAAACUUGACUGUUUAGAUUCUCUUAAGUGCUGAGGUGAAAUUGUUGACAAGGGAGUUGCCUUAUAUCUCUCAAAACGUUCACUGUAUAAAUGAGGAAAAAAAAGUCUUUUCAUAUUUCUGGCAAAAAUGUGUUAAUUUAUCAACUGAGUUGUAUAUUUGUGUAUAGAUAAGACAGGAAAUGUGACUGCCUAAACACGUACGCUUAGUGCUGUAGUGUUGUGUACACAGACUAGAGCGGUCAUUCGCUUUUAAUUCUUCAUAUUCCACACACAGGUUGUUUACAGGUGUUGCCCCAAGUUUGUCAUUUUACUCCUUGGCUAUUGCAUUUAUUUCGAAUAAACACCAGACAUGAA